UUUCUCUCUCCACUCUUCUUCAUUCUCUCACUUAUAAAAAAAAAAAAAAAAACUCUUCUUCUCUGUUCUUUUCAUACCUUCAUUUCUACUAAGAACUACAAAAUUAGGGUUUUCUGUUUGUGAAAAAAACAUUAAAUUAAUGUAAAAAAUUAAUAACCAUCGAAAAUUUGUUGAAAAUAUGGUUGUCGAUGAUAAUAUGAGGUCCAUCAUCGCUGGCUAUGGAUGUUCCCGUUCUUCUCGUUUCUCUGAUGCUUAUCCCAAAAGGGGUUUGAUGGAAGGGAGAUAUAGUGGGGAUUGAUAUGAUGAUGAAGGUGUUUAUAAGGUUAUUAUUUUGUUGAAUUUGUUUUUGGAAAUGGCAAUUAUGUAUCAACCAGCAAUAAUAAAACUCAUCAACAACAAGAUGAUGAGGUAGCAUUGGCGAUUUCUGUUUUGCUUCUUUGUCAAUGGAGAAUCACCACCCUUCAACGUUAUUGUCAAUGGAUUCAAGUGCAUCUUCUCAUGAGGAACUUGACUUGGAAAUGAAUCGUCAAAUCAUACUUUCGCGUCCGCCUGAUAUUAAUUUGCCGUUGUCUGCUGAACGUAGCCCGCCGCCACAGUCGUGGAAUUCUGACCCUUGUGAUAUUUUGGAUGUUGGUCUUGGUACUCAAGGGUAUGAGACUGAGACUUUUCUUACUCUGCCUAAAGUUGGAAGGAAAUGUGCUAAGCGUGUUGAUAGCAUAUGGGGUGCUUGGUUUUUCUUUAGUUUUUACUUUAAGCCGGCGUUGAAUGAUAAAUCGAAGGCCAAGAUUGUCAGGGAUGGUAAUGGUAUUUCGGGUUUUGAAAAAUCUGAUCUUAAUCUUGAUGUUUUCAUGGUUCAACAUGAUAUGGAAAAUAUGUAUAUGUGGGUUUUUAAGGAGAGGCCGGAGAAUGCGUUGGGUAAGAUGCAGCUGAGGAGUUACAUGAAUGGGCAUUCUCGCCAAGGGGAGCGUCCAUUUCCUUUUAGUGUUGACAAAGGUUUUGUUCGAUCCCAUCGGAUGCAAAGGAAGCAUUAUAGAGGACUUUCGAACCCGCAGUGUGUGCAUGGCAUUGAGCUUUUUCCUUCACCCAAUUUGAUGAAUCUUGACGAAGAUGAUCGGAAAAGGUGGAUUGAACUUACCGGCCGAGAUUUGAGUUUCACAGUCCCACCUGAAGCAAGCGAUUUUGGUUCAUGGAGAAAUCUUCCCAACACAGACUUUGAGCUCGAGAGACCUCUUCCUUCAAUCAAGAGUGCUGCAAAUGGACACCCAAAGAAGCUGCUUAAUGGAUCUGGACUGAAUUUGUCAACUCCUCUGGCUAACCACACCAACGGUGAUUUGUUGGACCUAUCUUCUGCCAACGGCAAAAAGAGGAAAGACUUUUUCCCUCACGCAAAUGGGAACGGAAAUUUCCCACACGGAAGUGGGAAUGGAAAUGUAAACGGAAACGAGGAGGAAUGUUACCUUGCUGUUAAUCCUCCAUCUGAACGAAUCCAAGAUAUUGAAAUGCAUCCAAGUGAGCCGCACUGGUUGCAUGACUUCAGCGGGGUGAUAAAGAAUGUGUACGGACCUGUCACAGCUGCAAAAACUAUCUAUGAAGAUGAACAAGGUUACUUGAUUAUUAUCAGUCUGCCCUUUGUAGACCUUGCAAGUGUGAAAGUUUCAUGGAGGAACACUCUAACUCAUGGUAUCAUCAAGGUUUCUUGUAUGAGCACAUCUCGAAAGCCUUUCAUCAAGAGACGUGAUAGGACAUUCAAGCUUACAGAUGCAUCCUCAGAGCACUGCCCCCCUGGAGAGUUUGUCCGCGAAAUCUCUCUCUCAACCAGAAUUCCUGAAGAUGCCAAUCUGGAAGCAUACUAUGAUGAGCCAGGAUCAGUGCUAGAGAUAAUGGUACCAAAACACCGUGUCGGCCCAGAAGAGCAUGAAGUCCGUGUUUGCCUCCGCCCUCAUCUUGGAGGGAAUGAUCUUAUGUUGACUUGAGAUAGACCAUUAUAAAGUAUUGUUAGGGAUGCUGCUAGAGUAUGGUGCUUUAUCAUAGUUUUUCUAACUUGUAUCAUGCAGUCUUAUUUGUAAUACAAAGGUGGUCUUAAGUUUGUCUGUAGCAGUUAUAGUUUAGCUCACCUAUUGCCCUGGUACUUUUUUUGUUCCAGUGCAUCUUCAAGCUUUUGAUUGUAAGCAUUUAUCAUUUAUAAGAAAUUAUUAUAUCAUACA